CCCCCUCCCAUACACCUGAGCAUCUCCUACCGGAUGAGCUAGGGGACGCUGAGGCUGAGGCUAGGGUGGGCCUGUCACACAGGACUUCCUGUUUCCUGCACACCUAUCAUCAACUCCAUCUCUCCGUUAGCUCAUCCCUUACUCUGCCCCACCUCUGUAAGGGGCCUUUUAUGUUUGUUUGCUUGUUUGUUUGAACUUUUUAUUAGAGAAAGUUUCCAACCUGUACAAAAGUAGAGGGAAUACGGUAAUGAACCUCAUGUCCCCAUCACCCAUCUUCAGCAAUUAUCACUCAUGGCCAAUCCUGUUUCCUCUAGACCCCCACCUAUUCCCCCUAGACAUCUUUUUUUUUUUCAGUUGAGGUCACAUUGGUUUAUAACAUAUAAAUUUCAAGUGUAUAUCAUUGUAUUUUAACUUCUGUAUAGACUACAUCGUGUUUACCACCAAAAGUCUAGUUUCUAUCUGUCACUGUACAAAUGUCCCCCUUUACCCACCUUCCCCUCUGGUAACCACCACUCUGUUCUCUGUAUCUGUGUGUUCCCCAUAGACAUCUGAUCAUUUCAUCCUAGGGCCCUUUGAAUGUGUUCAGGGAGGGCCCAGCUCAGCAGAUCCCCCAGUCCCUUUGGGAAAGCCCCUCCCAAAUCCCUGUGCCCCUUUGCAUUGACAGAGGUGUGAGCUGUGCCCACACAAAGACGGGGCAUUGAAGAGGACUGACAAUGGAGGCUGGGCCCACGUGGUGUGUGCCCUCUACAUCCCCGAGGUGCAGUUUGCCAACGUGCUCACCAUGGAGCCCAUCGUGCUGCAGUACGUGCCUCAUGAUCGCUUCAACAAGACUUGUUACAUCUGCGAGGAGCAGGGCCGGGAGAGCAAGGCAGCGUCAGGAGCCUGCAUGACCUGUAACCGCCAUGGAUGUCGACAAGCUUUCCAUGUCACCUGCGCCCAAAUGGCAGGCCUGCUGUGUGAGGAAGAAGUGCUGGAGGUCGACAACGUCAAGUACUGUGGCUACUGCAAAUACCACUUCAGCAAGAUGACAUCCCGGCACAGCAGCGGGGGAGGUGGAGGAACAGGAGGAGGAGGAGGAGGAGGAGGAGGAGGAGGAGGAGGCGGAGGCGGAGGCAGCGGCGGAGGCAGCGGCAGCAGCAGCGGCACAGGGGGAGGUAGCAGUGGCUUCAUCACUGGCAGGAGAAGCCGGUCAGCCUCACCAUCCACCCAGCAGGAGAAGCACCCUUCCCACCACGAGCGGGGCCAGAAGAAGAGUCGAAAGGACAAAGAACGCCUUAAACAGAAGCACAAGAAGCGGCCUGAGUCACCCCCCAGCAUCCUCACCCCACCUGUGGUCCCCACUGCUGACAAGGUCUCCUCCUCAGCUUCCUCCUCCUCCCACCACGAGGCCAGCACUCAGGAGACCUCUGAGAGCAGCAGGGACUCAAAGGGGAAAAAGUCUUCCAGCCAUAGCCUGAGUCACAAGGGGAAGAAACUGAGCAGUGGGAAAGGUGUGAGCAGCUUCACCUCUGCCUCCUCCUCCUCCUCCUCCUCCUCUUCCUCCUCUGGGGGGCCCUUCCAGCCUGCAGUUUCGUCCCUGCCGAGCUCCCCUGACUUCUCUGCAUUCCCCAAGCUGGAGCAGCCAGAGGAGGACAAGUACUCCAAGGCCACAGUCCCCACCCCUUCAGCCCCCGCCUCUCCCUCAGCCCCCGAACCCCCCAAGGCUGACCUCUUUGAGCAGAAGGUGGUCUUCUCUGGCUUUGGGCCCAUCAUGCGCUUCUCCACCACCACCUCCAGCUCGGGCCGGACCCGGGCCCCGUCCCCUGGGGACUAUAAGUCUCCCCACGUCUUGGGGUCCGGGGCCUCAGCAGGCACUCACAAGCGGAUGCCCACACUGAGCGCCGCCCCUGCGCCUACUGAGGAGACCCUUGAGACAGGCCUGAAAGAGAAGAAGCACAAAGCCAGCAAGAGGAGCCGACACGGGCCAGGCCGUCCCAAGGGCAGCCGGAACAAGGAGGGCACUGGGGGCCCAGCUGCUUCCUCCCUGCCCGGUGCCCAGCUGGCUGGCUUUACCGCCACUGCUGCCUCACCUUUCUCCGGAGGCUCCCUGGUCAGCUCCGGCCUUGGUGGUCUGGCCUCCCGCACCUUUGGGCCUUCUGGGAGCCUGCCCAGCCUGAGCCUGGAGUCCCCCCUGCUGGGGGCAGGCAUCUACACCAGUAAUAAGGACCCCAUCUCCCACGGUGGCGGAAUGCUGCGGGCUGUCUGCAGCACCCCCCUCUCCUCCAGCCUGCUGGGGCCCCCAGGGACCUCGGCCCUGCCCCGCCUCAGCCGCUCCCCAUUCACCAGCACCCUCCCCUCCUCCUCUGCUUCUAUCUCCACCACUCAGGUGUUUUCUCUGGCUGGCUCUACCUUUAGCCUGCCUUCUACCCACAUCUUUGGAACCCCCAUGGGUGCCGUUAACCCCCUCCUCACCCAAGCCGAGAGCAGCCACACAGAACCAGACCUGGAGGACUGCAGCUUCCGGUGUCGGGGGACCUCCCCCCAGGAGAGUCUGUCUUCCAUGUCCCCCAUCAGCAGCCUCCCCGCACUCUUCGACCAGACAGCGUCCGCACCCUGCGGGGGCGGCCAGUUAGACCCAGCGGCCCCCGGCACGACUAACAUGGAGCAGCUGCUGGAGAAGCAGGGCGACGGCGAGGCCGGCGUCAACAUCGUGGAGAUGCUGAAGGCCCUGCACGCGCUGCAGAAGGAAAACCAGCGGCUUCAGGAGCAGAUCCUGAGCCUGACGGCCAAGAAGGAGCGACUGCAGAUUCUCAACGUGCAGCUCUCUGUGCCCUUCCCUGCCCUGCCUGCUGCCCUGCCUGCCGCCAACGGCCCUGUCCCUGGGCCCUAUGGCUUGCCUCCCCAAGCCGGCAGCAGCGAUUCCUUGAGCACCAGCAAGAGCCCCCCGGGGAAGAACAGCCUUGGCCUGGACAACUCGCUGUCCACGUCUUCCGAGGACCCACACUCAGGCUGCCCGAGCCGCAGCAGCUCGUCGCUGUCCUUCCACAGCACGCCCCCACCGCUGCCCCUGCUCCAGCAGAGCCCCGCUACUCUGCCCCUGGCCCUGCCUGGGGCCACUGCCCCACUCCCACCCCAGCCACAGAAUGGGCUCGGCCGGGCACCCGGGGCAGCGGGUCUGGGGGCUAUGCCCAUGGCUGAGGGGCUGUUGGGGGGGCUGGCGGGCAGCGGGGCCCUACCCCUCAAUGGGCUCCUGGGGGGGUUGAAUGGGGCUGCCGCCCCCAACCCUGCGGGCUUGAGCCAGGCUGGCGGGGCCCCCACGCUGCAGCUGCCAGGUUGUCUUAACAGCCUAACCGAGCAGCAGAGACACCUCCUGCAGCAGCAAGAGCAGCAACUCCAGCAGCUCCAGCAGCUCCUCGCCUCCCCACAGCUGACCCCGGAACACCAGACUGUUGUCUACCAGAUGAUCCAGCAGAUCCAGCAGAAGCGGGACCUGCAGCGGCUGCAGAUGGCUGGGGGCUCCCAGCUGCCAAUGGCCAGCCUGCUGGCAGGAAGCUCCACGCCACUGCUAUCCGCGGGCACCCCUGGCCUGCUGCCCACAGCAUCUGCCCCACCCCUGCUGCCUGCUGGAGCCCUGGUGGCUCCCUCACUCGGCAACAACACAAGUCUCAUGGCCGCAGCAGCUGCGGCCGCAGCAGUAGCAGCAGCAGGCGGACCUCCAGUCCUCACUGCCCAGACCAACCCCUUCCUCAGCCUGUCGGGGGCGGACGGUGGUGGCAGUGGCCCCAAAGGAGGGGUGAGUAAGGGGCCCUGGGCUGUCCUGUCUCUGUUCUCUGGGCUGGGCAGAGGUGGAGCACCAGAAGGUACAUCAUCAGAAGGAAGAAGGAAGCGACCCCCAGGUCAGCAAAGCACCCUGCUCCAGACCCCAGGGCCUCUGCUAGCACAUAGCUGCCCUCCUACAGACCCAAGAAAGAUGCACUCUCAGCGUUAGCGCUUACUAAAAGGACCAAUUAGAAAAGGUUGUUUCCUCUCUGGGUGGACCAGUUAGGAAAAAAUGAAGCUCUGGGUGGGCCAUUUCGAGAAAGGCCCUCCCUCCUUCCGCUGAGAGCAUAUAGCUGGGGCCCAGGGUGCUGGCCUUGGCCGGCACAUGCCUGCUUAGCCAGGCACCCUUGUGCAGGGCAACUCCCCCCCCACAAAUGUUGAUCCUGGUGUCAGCUGGGCUCCCUCACUGCACUACAACAGCUUCCCAGGAAGCUGUUCUCAACUGGGUGUUAGGACCAGACCCCUCCCCAACCCCCAGCCUCCCUUCCUCUCUUUCCAGACCGCUGACAAAGGAGCCUCAGCCAACCAGGAAAAAGGCUAAAUCCACUCAUGGCCCUCCUGGCCCCCCAGGUGGAAGGGGCAGAUCCUGGCCCCAGGGGUCCCAGCCUGGAGCAGGCACCCGUGCCCAGACACUGGAGAGCCCCGGCCCAGAUCCUAUGCUGAGGCCUGGGGAGCGCGAGGCACUCCUGGUGCCCAGGACUGAGGCCAAGAGGGAGCCCCUUCCCUCUCUGCACUGACCCCUUUGUGAGGGGCUCAGAGGGAGGACAGGCUCCAAGCCCACGUAGGAACCCCCACUCUCAGCGAAUGUUUUGAGGUCUCCCAGAGAGCAGAGUGGGCCAUGGCGUAAGUGGGGGUUGGUUGGACCCUCCACAUAAAAUGGAUCAGCACUUGAGUGGGAAGAAGAAGGGGUAGGCCCUGGGUCUGCCCCUGUGGAAGUCUUUUAUAGGAGAAGGGAGGCCCUGCGUUACCUGCAGUUUCUUCCCAACGUGGGCGGAUGGCAGGAGGGAUCCCUUGGACUGUUUCUAGCCUGUCCCCUUCCCCCGCCCCCCCAAGGAGGGUCACGAGCUGAGCUUGUAAAAGCCCACAGACUAGGGGACUGAGGAAGGGGCAGGAUGGCAUCAAACUGGGCCCAAGCCCCCCCACCUCUGGGCCCCCAAUGAUGGGUUGGGGGAGGGCAGGGGGAGGAGGCCCAGCCCCCUUGGUGCCCCGCCCCUUGUUUGCACUAUUGGGUUUAGGAGUGCUGAAGCUGGGGAGAUGGAGCUGCCUGACUCAGAGUGUGUGUGUGUGUGCGCGUGCGUGCGUGGGUGUGCAUGUGUGUGUCUCCCCUGGACCUGGGGCAGCCAAGGGCAGGGAUAGGAGCAGUGCUCAGACAAGGCAGCACCAGAGGGGCGGCUCCCAGCUCUUGUUUGCACCCUCCCCACCUCCCCUACUUUGGUCCCUUUCUGGGGCAUGAAUGGUUAACAGAAACCGGAACAGUACUCCAAUAUUGGAGAGCAACGGGGCCGGGGGCUUAGAAUCAGGGUAAAUCCUGCCUUCCCUCCCCCAGCCCCCACAUAGUCUCAGUGCCCCCUCAGAGCUCCCCUUCCUCCACUGAUAGUUGGUCCUGCUUCCCUGGCACAAGGGGAGCCCCAGGGAUAGGGAUUGGGGGAUGGGGCAAGGGACAGGGGGUAAAGUGCCACUUCUUUUAGUGAAAACCUCCCAGGAUUAGCCAGCCUGCUCCCCCACACCCCACCACACCCCCACCAACCAGGGGACACUUAAGCUUAAGCUCACCUAACAACUGUCCCUUCACCCACCAGCUAUUUCCCGGGGUUUGGUAAGAAAUCCUCACCUUAAAGAGUCCCCAUCUGCCCAGGGCCUUUGGUGGCAGGGCUCAGGGGCAGUGGGGCAGCCAGGAGAGGGGCAGGGUUGAAGCCUGUGUCUGUUUCAGUUGCACUGGGGUUGGGGCCAGGAGAGGGCGUUUCCAGCUUUCCCUGACGCUCAUGUCUUGUCAGUCUCUUUGCAUGUGUGGAUUUUUUGUGUGUGUUUCUGUUGGGGUUUUUAUUGUUGUUGGUUUUUUUUUUUUAAAUAAAGAAAAGAAGAUGUGUA